AUGACAGACAUAUAUUCCAAGUGUAAAAGCUUACAAGCGUCAUGGCAUUUUACAAAACGUAUUGCUAACAGCUUCCUUGUACAGCUAACAGGCAAGACCGUGCUGAUCACGGGGUGUGACACCGGCUUCGGGAACCUCCUGGCCCGGCGGCUGGACCAGCUCGGCCUGCGGGUGUUCGCGGGCUGUCUGACCGAGGCCGGCGUGGCAGAGUUACGGCAGUCCUGCUCUGAACGGCUGCAGCCGAUCCGGAUGGACGUCACCAGCUCAGACAGCGUACAAGAUGCGUUCAGGGUGGUAAGGGAAGCUGUGGGGAGUAAAGGUUUGCAUGGGCUGGUGAAUAAUGCGGGUAUAUCCGGGGUCUUUGGAGGAACCGCAGAGUGGGCGACCUUGGAAGACUACCAGGCAGUCCUGAAUGUGAAUUUGCUGGGGAUGAUUGACGUCACCAAGACAUUUCUCCCGCUCCUCAAGAAGUCACGUGGUCGGGUCGUUAACGUCGCAAGUGCUGCCGGGAGAAUGGCCAAUCCACUUGGCAUGCCUUACACAGUGUCUAAAUAUGGCGUGGAGGCUUUUUCUGACUGUCUCAGACGAGCUAUGAGAUGUUUUGGAGUCAAAGUUUACAUCAUUGAGCCUGGGCUGUUCCGGACCGACAUGACCAAUCAUGACGUCAUCCUGCGUCGUCUGGACCAAACCUGGCAGCGGCAGACUCCAGAGACGAAGACCGAGUACGGAGAGGAGUUCCUACAAGCUGCAAAGGACGAUAUAAUCUUCGGUGCCCGUUUCUCGCAAGUUCCAGUCGCCAUUGUGGAUGCAAUGGAGCAUGCGCUGAGCGCUACCCACCCCCGUAGCCGUUAUGUCGUCGGUUGGGACGCCCGUUUUAUAACGGUACCAACUUCCUGGCUACCCACCGACCUGGGGGAUCUCAUCUUUCGUCUAGUGGCACCAAUACAUAAACCUGCCUGCUGUAAGGGUCAGCAGUAGGGA